CGUCGAGUCGCUAGGCCUCAUGCGCCUCGUCAAGCUCGAAGACCCCGAGUCGGCGCGGCCCAUAAAGCCGCACAAUCCAGCUUACUACGAGCUGCCGCGUCCGCCGCCGCCGGGCACUACAAGCGUAGCAGAGGUGCGCAGAGAGCUCAUUGUGCGGCUCUGCUGGGCGCGGGCAGUGCACAGCGCAAGGCGGGUGCAGACUUGGCCGGAUGUCAUGCCGGAGAAGUACAAGUUCGAGGAAAUCAUCCCUGCGCCCGGCCACUGGUCUGCGCAAGACUUCCUGCGCCAGCACCAGCUCAACUCCAGUCUCGAGCUGUACUUUGUCUCGCGCCACCUGUUCAAGGUCGCCGCGUGGUGCUACUACAUCGGCCACCGUGCGCUCAUGUGGCCGAAGCCCAGCAUCACCAGGUAAGGCCGCACAUGGCGUGUCACAUGGCGGGCGCUCACCUCUGCUCCGUCGUAGUCCGUUCCAAGCUGUCGGCGUGUUCCGCCGAGCGCUGGCCACCGCGUCGCAGAUCGAGGAAGCAGAGAGCCACUUUCCCUUCUUCCGGCCGAAGGACAACAACGACCUGAUCCGCACCGUCCUCGGCCGGCAUUGCCUGGGCGUCGGCACGGUGCUGACGAAGCUGCGUCUCAAUCUCUAUCAACGCGGCAGAAUCUGGCGCGGCCGCAACGAGGACGUCUCCGCCUCCGUCACGGCGCCCUCUGGCCUGCCGCAUUCAACCGACGUAUACCUGAGCUAUCUGCCGCACAUGAUUGCGCGCAUCGAGAGCGACUACGCCUCCUACAAGGAGACGGGCGUCUUUGCGUCGACGCUCUACGAGGUCAACUGCUGGCAGCGCCACGUCGCCUUUGCGACCGAGCUCUUCCGCGUCACGCGCUGCGAGCUCUUCGUCGGGCCCAUUCAGCGCAUGAUCGCUGCCGUCUCGGCACAGGUCGAGGCGCGUUCGCCAAUGCCGCCCAGUCCCGCAUACGAGAGCGUCGACUGGCCGGCGCUCAAGACUAAAAUCGCCACAGUGCUCGCCAAGCGUCGCUCGUCCGAGUCGCCCCAUGCCCCGCCCGUGCUCGGCCCGCAACCCUCACCCUGACCCUCGAUACCUCGUCACACCAGUCACACCUGCAUCUGAUGCCUGUGCGUGUCCCCGCA